AUGUCGACCGUUCCAUCCAGUAAUGCGCGUAACCUGCGAGCGUGCAUGAUCUGCUCCAUCAUCAUGACCAGCACUCGCUUCCAAAACGAAGGUUGCCCCAACUGCGAAGAAUUCCUGCACCUCCAGCAUUCCCAGGAUCAAAUCGAGAGCUGUACAUCUACCGUCUUCGAGGGUGUUAUCACACUCGCAAAUCCGAGCGAAUCGUGGAUCGCAAAGUACCAGCGUCUCGACAGCUACGUGCCCGGCAUGUAUGCUAUCAAAGUCUUGGGACAGCUUCCUGACGAUGUGCGAUCGACGUUGGAGGACGAGUAUAGAAUACAGUACAUUCCACGUGACGGCACAGACGCAGAGAACGAUGCUUAA